CUCAGCCUCCUCGGGUCUUCUCUCACAACCCUCGCGUUAUAAAGCAGGUUCCUCAGUGAAAUCUUUUGCUUGUAUCCUGUUUAUCGACACCCCCCGCUCAGUCAGUUCACAGUCUAGUUUUACAUUUGCCCAGGCGCCUGUCUCGUCUGUUAAACCCCAGUGGAGGGUCGCACUGUGUCCAUUCAUCUUAGCUAGUCAGUGGCAUUGGUGCCUGAGGUUAGUAGGCACGCGUUAGGCAUUCAGUGAGUAGAUUUGACACCGUACUGUAGGCCAGGGAUUGUGGUUAUUGUUUUACCCUCAUUGCCUGGUUUACAUCUUACAGCUAAAGCACCUUGGGAAGAAGGCAUUAUUAACCCCUCUUUACAGAUAAGCACACUGAAGUUUGGACCAGUUCAGUGCCAGGGCAAAAAUAACACUAAUAAUAUGCAGAGCAGGACUUAAAAUCCAGUUCUGUCUCAUUCCCAAGACACUCUUAACAGGUCUAUUAGCCAUAAAACCUCUCACCCUGGUAAUCCUCCAUAGUCUCCAAGAGUCUUCUAGCUGAUCCUUUCCCAGCCGUACCUGGAAACGACAGUGUUGGUCUUUUUGUUGGGGAUGAAAAAGAGUCACUUUGGCUCCGGGCUUCGGAGUGUUUCUUUGGUUUCUGAGAGAACCUUUCAAGCUUUUCUUGUCAUCAGGAUAUGCCAUUGGGCACACAAAGCUUGGCUGCCCACCCUCCAGACUGUGCGCCAUGGCUCCAAGGCUGUGACCCGCCACCGUCGCGUCAUGCACUUUGAGCGGCAGAAGCUAAUGGCUCUAACUGAGUAUAUUCCUCCUAAGCCUGCUGUCAACCCUCGAUGCCUACCACCUCCUCCCAAACCCCCCAAGGAGGAGUCAGGACUUAUCCAGCUCCUGCGUCGGGAUAUAGCAGCAGUUUUUCGAGAUAACCGAAUGAUAGCUGUCUGUCAGAACGUGGCCAUGAGUGCAGAGGACAAGCUUCUCCUGCGGCACCAGUUGCGGAAACACAAGAUCUUGAUAAAAGUCUUCCCCAACCAGGUCCUGAAGCCUUUUCUAGAAGAUUCAAAAUACCAAAACCUGCUACCCCUUUUUAUUGGGCACAAUCUGCUACUGGUCAGUGAAGAGCCCAAGGUCAAGGAAAUGGUUCGGAUCUUAAAGAGUGUUCCUUUCCUGCCACUGCUGGGUGGCUGCGUUGAUGACACCAUUCUCAGCAGGCAGGGCUUCGUAGACUACGCCAAGCUGCCCAGCCUGGACCUGCUGCAAGGGGAGCUGGUAGGAGGGCUUACUCGCCUCAUGGCCCAGACCCGCUACCUGCUUCAGCACCAGCCUUCCCAGCUGACUUCCCUGCUGGAUCAGUACAUCAGACAGCAGGAGAAGUCUGCCACGUCAGCCACUGGAGAGCCGCAUCCUCCUGACCCUGCUCCAGAUUCCUAGCCCACCUGUUUAACCCAGCUCUGCCCAGAAUACACUCUGUCCCUGUUGUCUGGCCAAGAUCUAAAAGAAUGUGGAGUGUGGGAGUGGCAUGUGUCACUUGGCUCUCAUUCACAAUGACCUCCUUGGGGACAGGCCUCUUGAAGAUACAGAGAAAUUCCAUUUCAGAAUGAGGCUGUCCAUUGUCUUCAGUUUCACUAGUCACUCUGUCUUUAGCUGUCCCAACCAGGGACCUGAUAGGAACAGUCUCCUUCGACUCUCCAGGCACAAAGCAGAGAGAAUGGAGAGUAUCUUGCCCAGCCUUCUCGUCCACUGCCCCUUGCUCUGUGUCUCCCCAGCCACCCUCUCAGCUCCUCUGCGUGCUGUGGUGGACCUUGUAAAUGGCACCUGCGGUGUUGUGCCAAGCCCUAUACCAAACACAAAUGCCAGCUCCUUUAUUCCUUACCGUUCAGGAAAGGGCAGAGUUUGAAGUCCUGCACAAGGCCUUGAACUUGAUUCUCUGAAGCCUCAAAUUGCCAUAGUAGAACUUUAUAAAGUUACCCAACGGAGUGGGUCCUGAGUGGGCUCAGAGGUUAAUGGUCCACCCUAGAGUGUGCUGAGUUGUGGAAGGAAUGGGAAAAUUUCAUUAUAAAAAUAAAAUACAUUUUAUGGA